ACCAACUUCUUCUCUAAGGUGUUGUCAACUAUAACAAACAACAUUAUGGCUGAGGCUGAGGAGAAAAGUUUGGAUGGAAACAUGAACACAGAUGAUAAGGCUGCCACUUCAUCGAACCUCGAAUCAGCAGUAAUGGAGUCCAAUUCAGACAAGGAAGAAGAUAAAAGCAGAUCAAUCAAAGAUGAUAGCACAAAGACAGUGUCAUUUCGCAAGCUCUUCUCUUUUGUUGAUUCAACUGACUAUUUUCUAAUGCUUGUUGGCACAAUAAGCGCUAUUGGCAAUGGAAUUUCUAUACCACUUAUGACCAUUAUCUUUGGAACACUGGUUGAUUCAUUUGGAGAAUCUGUCAACAACCAACAAGUUCUUUCCAAAGUUUCUAAGGUGUCUCUCAAGUUUGUAUACUUAGCUCUGGGAUCUGGUGUGGCUGCAUUUUUACAGGUGGUUUGCUGGAUGGUUACUGGAGAAAGACAGGCUGCAAGGAUAAGAAGUUUAUACUUGAAAACAAUGUUGAGACAAGAAGUUGGCUUUUUUGAUAUGGAAACUACCACUGGAGAAGUUAUUGAGAGGAUGUCAGGUGAAACUGUGCUCAUUCAAGAUGCAAUGGGAGAGAAGGUAGGGAAGUUCAUUCAGUUAGUAGCAACAUUCUUUGGAGGCUUUGUUAUAGGAUUCAUCAAAGGAUGGUUUCUCACCCUUGUCAUGCUGUCCUCAAUACCUGCUCUUGUGAUCUCUGGUGCAGUCAUGAGCAUCACUAUAGCUAAACUAGCAAGCCGCGGACAAACUGCUUAUUCGCUAGCUGCAACUGUUGUAGAGCAAACAAUCGGUUCGAUAAGAACUGUUUCGUCUUUCACUGGAGAGAAGCUAGCAAUAGAGAGGUACAACAAGUCCAUAACAAAGGCAUAUAACUCUGGGGUGCAUGAAGGAUUGGCAACUGGAAUGGGAAUGGGAGUGGUUCUAUUUAUUGUGUUCAGCAGUUAUGGUUUGGCUGUUUGGUUAGGUGGAAAGAUGAUAGUUGAGAGAGGAUAUUCUGGUGGAGAUGUCAUUAAUAUCAUCUUUGCUGUUCUGACUGGUUCACUGUCUCUUGGGCAGGCAUCACCAUGCUUGUCUGCCUUUGCUACCGGACGAGCUGCAGCCUAUAAGACGUUUGAGGCGAUAAACAGGAAGCCACAGAUUGAUGCUUAUGACAGUAAUGGGAAGAUAUUAGAUGACAUUCAUGGUGACAUAGAUCUAAGAGAUGUUUACUUCAGUUAUCCUGCUAGACCAGAUGAACAAAUAUUUAGUGGCUUUUCUCUCUCAAUACCAAGUGGAACAACUGCUGCUUUGGUUGGACAAAGUGGCAGUGGUAAAUCUACUGUGAUCAGUUUGAUUGAGAGAUUUUAUGAUCCUCAGAGUGGUGAAGUUCUCAUUGAUGGUAUUAAUCUCAAAGACUUCCAGUUGAAGUGGAUCAGACAGAAAAUAGGCCUUGUCAGCCAGGAACCGGUGUUGUUUACGUCGAGCAUUAGAGACAAUAUUUCCUAUGGGAAGGAUGGUGCAACUAUUGAAGAAAUAAGAGCUGCUGCUGAGCUUGCCAAUGCAGCUAAAUUCAUUGAUAAACUUCCUCAAGGGCUGGACACGAUGGUUGGCGAGCAUGGAACUCAACUAUCUGGGGGCCAAAAGCAGAGAGUUGCUAUAGCUAGAGCAAUUCUUAAAGAUCCAAAAAUUCUACUUUUAGAUGAAGCCACAAGUGCUCUUGAUGCAGAAUCUGAGAGAGUUGUGCAGGAGGCACUAGACAGAAUUAUGAUCAGCCGAACUACCCUCAUCGUAGCUCAUCGCCUAAGUACAGUUAGAAAUGCUGAUACAAUUGCUGUUAUCCACAGAGGAAAAAUUGUUGAAAAAGGUCCACAUUCUGAGCUAAUAAAAGAUCCAGAAGGAGCAUAUAGCCAACUUAUACUGUUGCAAGAUAUGAAAAAAGCAUCAGAGCGAGGCGCUGCAAUUGAUCAGGACAAACCAGAACUAGUUGGCAACUCAGGGAGGCACUCAAGUCAAAGGAUUUCUUUACUGCGUUCAAUAAGCCGAGGGUCAUCUGGAACUGGAAACAGCAGUCGUCACUCAUUUUCGGUCUCAUUUGGUGUACCAACUACACUCAAUGCCCUUGAAACAACCCCUUCAGAACACAACAAUGUUGCUUUAACACCACCACAAGAGCCUCUCAAAGUCUCACUUCGCCGCCUGGCUCUUCUUAACAAGCCCGAGAUCCCAGUGCUACUUCUCGGUACAAUAGCUUCAGCUGCAAAUGGUGUAGUAUUACCUGUGUUUGGGGUAUUGCUCUCCAGCGUAAUCAAAUCUUUUUUUGAGCCAGCUGAUGAACUCCGGAAAGAUUCAGCAUUUUGGGCAUUACUUUUUGUUGGUAUUGGUGUGACAUCUUUGGUAGCUCAUCCAUCGAGGGGUUAUUUCUUUGCAGUGGCAGGGUGUAAGUUGAUCAAACGAAUUCGGUCAAAGUGUUUUGAGAAAGUAGUUUACAUGGAGGUAAGUUGGUUCGAUGAAGCCGAGCACUCAAGUGGUGCAAUUGGAGCAAGGCUUUCUGCAGAUGCAGCCUCCCUUAGAACUAUAGUUGGAGAUGCACUUGGUUUGCUAGUACAGAACACUGCAACUACAGUUGCUGGUUUGGUCAUUGCUUUUGAGGCAAACUGGAUAAUGGCUCUCAUAGUCCUUGCUUUGCUACCUCUAAUAGGAGUAAAUGGAUAUGUUCAAACCAAGUUCUUGGCAGGCUUCAGCGCUGAUGCAAAGAAAAUGUAUGAGGAGGCGAGUAAAGUGGCGAAUGACGCAGUAGGGAGUAUUAGAACGGUUGCUUCCUUUUGUGCCGAGGAGAAGGUGAUGGAAUUGUACAAGAAGAAGUGUGAAGGACCUAUAAAAGCUGGAAUCAGACAAGGAAUAGUUAGUGGAAUUGGUUUUGGUCUCUCAUCAUUUUUUCUUUUCAAUGUGUAUGCCUCAAGUUUCUAUGCUGGAGCCCAACUUGUUGCAGCUGGCAAAACAACCUUCUCUGAUGUUUUUCGGGUGUUUUUUGCACUAACUAUGGCUGCCAUAGGGAUCUCUCAGACUGCUUCCAUGGCUCCUGAUAUAAGUAAAACAAAGAAUGCUGCUGCUUCUAUAUUCGCCAUUCUAGACAGGAAGUCGAAAAUAGACUCUAGUGAUGAAUCGGGAACUGUAUUAGAGAGAGUCAAAGGAGAGAUUGAGUUUCUUCAUGUCAGUUUCAAGUACCCAACUAGACCUGAUGUGCAAAUAUUCAGAGACCUUUGCUUGGCUAUUCACUCUGGCAAGACAAUUGCUCUGGUUGGAGAAAGUGGGAGUGGGAAAUCAACAGUGAUCUCAUUAUUGCAAAGAUUUUAUGAUCCAAAUUCAGGUCAAAUUACACUAGAUGGUGUCGAAAUCCAAAAACUGCAACUCAAAUGGUUCAGGCAACAGAUGAGUUUGGUGAGCCAAGAACCUGUUUUAUUCAAUGACACAAUCCGAGCCAACAUUGCAUAUGGGAAAGAAGACUUUUCAACAGAGACUGAAAUCAUGGCAGCAGCAAAAUUGGCCAAUGCCCACAACUUCAUUAGUAGUCUUCAACAAGGGUAUGACACCACAGUAGGAGAGCGUGGGAUCCAAUUGUCUGGUGGGCAGAAGCAGAGAGUGGCAAUUGCAAGAGCUAUAAUGAAGGCACCCAAAAUACUACUUCUAGAUGAAGCCACCAGUGCUCUUGAUGCUGAAUCCGAACGAGUGGUUCAAGAUGCGCUGGACCGGGUUACAGUGAGCAGGACCACAAUUGUGGUGGCUCAUAGGCUGUCAAGCAUCAAGGGUGCAGAUUUAAUUGCUGUGGUGAAAAAUGGAGUCAUUGCAGAGAAAGGAAAGCAUGAAACUUUGAUGGCUAUGAAGGGUGGCAUUUAUGCUUCUUUGGUAGCUUUGCAUACAACUGCUUCCUCUUAAUUAAGAGUCUUCUUCUGUGUUCUUUCCUCUUAAGCCUUGCUUGUACUUCCUUUCGGUUACAAGUUCAGUGUCUUUUGAAUAAUGAAAAUGAGGUGCCAUUUGAGUACUAUUUGAAGAAAGCCAUUGAUAUAUACAGAAUGUCGUUUGUGGAAAUGGAAUGAGAAAAUAUAGAUAUGUAAUGACAUUUUGCCAUUUUUAUAUAUUCAUGGAACAUUUACUAGUUGUGGC